ACUCUCUCUCUCUCUCUCCAACCAUCCACAAGAAAAGCCAUAAUUUUGCCAGCCAACCCCCGUGCUUCUCUCGUACUUCUCUCUAUUUGGUUAACAACAAACAAUCGUUUUUUUGUUUACUAUUUGCUCUUUGAAAUUCUAUCCACGAAACCCUUCUUCUCUUCUUCCCUUUAUAAUUGCGUGGAAGAAAACAAAGGGAAUGUUGAUGAUGGUGGUGAUGAAUAUGACAUCAUUGAGCUUUUUCCGACUCUAUCCUUGCUCUCUACAUUACUUUUUAGAGCAUUCAAAGUCAACUUUAUCGUCUUUUCUCUGAAGUUUUCGCUCUUUUUUUUUGGGUUUAUGGGUUUUGCUUGCUUGCAUGCGUGCUGUUUUUUUUUUACUUAAAGGUUUGGUUUUUCAGAAAUUUUGCUAGCUUUUAAAUUCUGGUUCAUUCUUAUUUUAUUGCUCCUUGUUUAGAUAAUGGUUGGAAUCGGGUCGUUUUCUUAGGGUUUUCUUUUGUUUGUAUUUGUUUGUAGUUUUGCUUCGUUAGGAGACGUGAUAUGAAUAUAUAGUUGGUGAUGGGGAAUUGGGUUUUUGAACCAAUGUAAGGGUCAAUUCAUAGACCGCAAAACAAAGCAUUUUUGUUAUUCUUUUUUCUGAUUGGUGGGCAAUCUAUUACAAAUAUUGUUCUUUUGGUUAUUAGGUCAAUAUUGUAGGGAACUUGAAUAGGAUUUUGGGUUCGUGAAAUUGGGUUUCUUUUUGUUCAAGAUUUUUCGUUGUUGUCUUUGAUUAGUAAUUCAAUUGGUAAUUGCAUAAGGAUCUUGAUAAUUUUUCUGUUCUUGAUCAUUCAAGUUUUGAUCAGUUAAUGCGAAUUCGAGGGCAAUGAGCAUGGUGAUGAAAAACUGAUUUUUUUUCCUUUUACUAUUCUUGGAUUUUCGUCUAGAAUUUGAGGUUGUCUUUGGUAUUCACGGUUAUUGCAUUGUAUUUGGUUCUUUAUGAUGGAUUCAAAAACAAGUGGUAAUGCUGGAGAUGUCAUGGUUGCGAAGAAACCGGAUAACCAAGAAGGUGGUGCCAAUUCAAAUGUGAAAGGUAUAGGAGGUGCGAGUAGCAAAGAUAUGUAUUUUCGAGCUGAUAAAAUCGAUCUUAAAAGCUUGGAUGCACAGCUUGAGAAGCACCUGAGCAGGGUAUGGUCAAGGGACAUUGAAAUCCAAAGGCCUAGAGAAGAGUGGGAAAUUGAUUUGUCUAAAUUGGAUAUAAGGCAUGAGGUAGCCCAUGGGACUUUCGGGACCGUGUAUCGUGGUACUUAUGAUAACCAAGUUGUUGCUGUGAAACUGCUGGACUGGGGGGAGGAUGGUAUGGCCACAGCUGCUGAGACCAUGGCUGUCCGGGCAUCAUUUCAGCAAGAGGUUGCUGUUUGGCACAAGCUUGACCAUCCUAACGUUACAAAAUUUGUUGGAGCAUCAAUGGGAACUCUCAACCUCAAGAUUCCUGCCAAAAACCCAUCUGAUGAUAACAUCAAUCUCCCUGCUAGGGCAUGCUGUGUUGUUGUUGAGUAUCUCCCUGGCGGUACACUAAAACAAUACUUGAUAAGAAAUAGUCGAAAGAAACUUGCUUUUAAGGUUGUAAUCCAACUUGCUUUGGAUCUCUCUAGAGGUCUUAGCUAUCUACAUUCAAAGAAGAUUGUACAUCGUGAUGUCAAGACUGAAAACAUGUUACUAGAUUCUCAUAAAACUCUUAAAAUUGCUGAUUUUGGUGUUGCCCGUAUUGAAGCUCAGAAUCCAUGUGAAAUGACCGGAGAAACUGGCACCCUUGGAUACAUGGCCCCUGAGGUUCUUGAUGGCAAACCAUAUAACAGAAGAUGUGAUGUCUACAGCUUUGGCAUUUGCUUAUGGGAAAUUUAUUGUUGUGACAUGCCUUACCCUGAUCUUAGCUUCGCUGAUGUCUCAUCUGCUGUUGUUCGACAGGUAGAAUUUGCGUCCAGAUAUUCCAAGAUGCUGUCCAAGUUCUUUAGCAAAUGUCAUGAGAAAAUGCUGGGAUGGAAAUGCGGAAAAACGUCCUGAAAUGGAUGAGGUGGUGAAAAUGUUGGAAGGGAUUGAUACAAGCAAGGGAGGAGGGAUGAUACCUGAAGAUCAGAAUUCCGGCUGUUUCUGUUUCAACCCUGUUCGCGGUCCCUAAGUUGUGCUCUUUCCCCUUUCCUGUUUUUGUCUCUCCCUCGUUGGUUUUGUAACCAGUUGGAGUCGUGAUCUAGCUCUUGGCUUGAUUGGUUGCAAGCUUUUUCUUCACAGGAAUGAAAAACAUGUCUCGUGAUUGUGCAUGGAUAGUGAAAUAAGGUUUAUUGAAGUUUUAACCUUUUGCUUA